AUGACGGCCUCAAUAACGGUCACGGAUUUGGUGGAGGAGUUGUCUGCGGAGAAUCGCAAACUCGUGGACGGAUUGUCUGUUUGGCAGAAGUGCGUGGAAUUGGUCCACAAUUACAAGAAGUGCUUAACGGAUGUCCUCAACGUGGUUGUCAUGCUGGCUGAGUACGCUGACAUCGACACCGCCUUUCGGUCGCUGGAAGACAGCCAACAGAAACGACAACUCAUGGCCGCCGACUCUGGAGGUAACGGCGAUUGCGAUGACAGGCAAUCGGUCCGCGAGACUGGUCUCAGAACUCUGAGGAAACCCAAGAGAUUUAAAGAGUCCGACGAAGAGAUUAGCGAUUACUGUCCGGACGGCGAUAACGGUUCCGACGCCGAAGCGGACGACAACGAGAAACCAGCGGUUAAUAUGAAGUUUUUGGCCGAAGACGACUGUCUCGUCGAAGAGGACGGACUCAUUGUCACCAAACGUGAUCCAAACAAUGGUCUCAUUCUGGUGGUCCAAUUGAACAACACUUCCGGUCAGGCGCUGGGCUUUCGGUGCAAUUGGAGUGACUGUCAGUUCGUGUCGGUGUCCAAAGACAAGACGGCGGACCACUUGCGCACUGUUCACAACCGGACGGGACAUUUCGUGUGCCAUAAGUGCCCGAAGACUUUCGUGUCCUGCGCCACAAUACUACGAGACGCGCCCUUUUCGUCCAUCUAUUGGCUGGUCUACGAGAAGAUGAAGGCCGGCCUCAACGCCCCGGUAGAGCCACCCGUGGCCGUGAGUUUUGUGUGCGGCGCCACCGCCGGCACAGUGUCCGGUCUGGUCACUCACCCCUUCGAUGUGGUUAAGACUCACCGGCAAACCGAGUUGGGACAGACUGGACACACCACUGUCGGUGCCAAAGGGUCGGCCAAUCGAAACCCAUAUAAAACGUCAGAUAUAUUGGCCAUCAUUUACCGAGAGAAGGGUCUGAGGGGACUGUUUGCCGGCAUUUGGCCCCGUGUUAUGCGUAUAGCACCCGGCUGUGCCAUCAUGAUCACCACGUUUGAAUGUGGCAAGACUUAUUUCAGACGCUACAAUGACCGUCAAGUGACCAUAGGCAAAUUAUGA